AGAACCAUUGAAGAACAGAACCGACUGCUGACUCAGGAAUACACCGAGCAGAAUAGUUGUCUGCUGUCAGCAGACCCAGAAAACUGUACCAGCAAUGCUUUGGGAGACUUGGGGGAAUUGCACCAAAUUCUUGAGACCCCCUCAGCAGACAAGGAAAGAAAGCUAUGCGUAUCCUUUAAUUUGGAGCCUAAAAUUGUCAACAGUGACAACAGGAGCCCUUCUUGUUCUGGCGGUGAGAGCAGUGGACAAGAAGCUGAUGGAAACAGAGUUCAUCAGUCUAGCCAAAUUUCCAGAAGUCGGCUGAGGUUAAGCCGAUCGGCAAGAAGAGUCUGUUUUUCUGAAUCUCCCUCCCCAAGUGUGUUUCGUGUCAGCAAUAUUGUUAAUGUCCUGGAUGAAAAGAAAUGUACUGUAGAUAAAAGCCUGUCACCAGUGUUUAAAAAGCAUCGUACAGAUGGUGUUCCUCUGAGACCAGACAGUCCGACUGCUAGCUAUUGUCCAGAAGAUUCAAAGCCUAAAGACAUUGCACAUGAGAUUGCUGGUCCCUCUGGUACUGCGUUGUGUUCCGACUGGGGACCGCAGAUAACUCGCCAGGUGAAGUUAGGAGUAAUUUUGAAUCUCAGCAAUCAGUUGGUGCAGAAAUCACUACACCUAAUGAACAACAUUUUAUGGAAAACACAUCCAUUAAGUCAGAAACCAAAAAGGAGCAACCCACUAAAAACAUCAAAAUCUUUAGAUGUAGAAGUGACAUGCAAUUCCACAUGUGACUUUUUGGUCACACCACCACAAGCACUUGAACCUGAAAAUCACACAGAUCUGAAGAGACCUACUCAAGUCAGUCCUCCAGUCUCUUCUCAAAACCAGCCUCCACCAACCCAUAAGACCCACACUGAACAUAACGUAGCCAAGGAGGACCAUAGCCCACUCAGUUCCUGCACCCUAGUGGAGGGGCUGUUAUUCCCGGUGGAAUAUUACGUCAGGACAACACGCCGCAUGACCAGCUGCCAGAGGAAAGUUGAUCUUGAAGCAGUAAUAAGCAGCCACCUUCUCACCGGAAGAAAGGGAUCAAGAGGAAGGUCACGGCGAAACAGCACAUCAUUAUCCACACCAGUUAGUGCUAGUGAUAACUCAUCUUAUUCUCUGACUCCUCUAAGCCGUCCUUCUGUAAGUAACAGUGCUGGAGAGGUUACACGAUCCAGGCGUGGAAGGGUUAGGAAGUCCUGUCCUGCUGCACUCUCCUCGGGUCUAAAAGAUGUGUCUGUACAGCUUAAGUUUGGUGUUGUGAACAGCUCAACGCUAAAUGGCUCACAGAGUGAGAAAGAAAACUGUGAGGAGGCCUCAUCAAGCAAGGAGUCCCAUAGUGCUGUGAAGUGUCUUACUAGUAUAAUGGAUGGUACCCAGAUA